AUGAUGCGAGAGGAACUAUCAACGUCGGCAGAUGACGAGUUGGCGACCACUUCUACGAGUCAAAUAAACGGUGAGCCACCACCAAAGAAGGGUAUUUUGAAACGACCAUCGGUGGUUAGCGAUGAAAAACGGGAUAAAUUAUUUCCACUGCCCGGAUUCCGACCCUCACCAGAUAGAUUUCCCGAAAAGGGUACGACACGAAUACCAAAGCUACAAGUUACAUGGUGGGAGAAAAAUGCAGUUGCAUUCAUUGGUGAAACAAGUGAUGAAAACAACACAGACUCUGAACAUUUGAUGCGAGAUCUGGGGAAUGGAAGGAGAGAAGAAGAAAAACCUUCUCGAGCUUUACAAAUAAGACAAACAGCAAUUCUAGAUUCCGAAGAUUCAGAUUUGAAUGAACAAGAUCUGAUCGCACAAUUUCAAACACCAGACCUAGACGAUGCGAUGAGUGUAACAAGUUCUACAUGCAGUUCUGCAUCAGCUAUAGUUGGAAGAUGGUGGAAUGGAAAAGAUACUCGAUACGUCCCACAUUGCCAGAAAAAAGGGUGCAAUCAUGCUCAUCACGAUCUUCAAGGAGAAUAUAUCACACCAACACAAAGAAGGAAUAAAGAGUUGGCGCAGUUGAAAAAGGAGCUCCGACAGGCGUUGUCCGAAAGAGAUGAGAAGGACAAACAUCUUUCAGAUUUGAGAGAUAAAGUCAAAGAGAUCGAAAUAUUCAACGAGACCCAGCAUACGCUGGCCGAAGGUCAAAAAAUGAUGAGAAAAGAGCAAAUGGAGAAAGAAUACAUCGAAAGGGAGAAGAAACUGCUGGAAAAAAAGCAUGCAGUAAGGGUCAACCAACUCAUUCAAGAGACGAUGACGGCGAGAGAAGAAGCUGUAAAACUGACUUCCCGAGUCGCAUAUCUGGAGGAACAACUAAACCCUCCUAGAUCAGACGGUGAGACCCAAACUGAUGAAAUGGAACGUGAAUUUUAUCUUCGCCAUAACCCACCUGAUCCAUCUGACCCCAAUCAAAACGGAACACUUGUUUCUCAAACAAUCCAAGCAGAUCCAUCAACGCCUCUAUCCAUCAUUGCCACACAACCAGAUCUCCACAGUCCAAGUCCAAUGAUGAUUCCGCUGGUGACCGGUGAUAACAAAAAUCAGACAAUUUACUGCAGUCAAGAAGCGUUGAAUCAUAUUCAGGCUUGUCAAAACGAAGCGUUCAUCUGGAGAAACAAAGCAGCCCAGUUGGAAAUAGUCGCUAAAGAUCAACUGGUAAAGAUUCAACAACUCGAAGAUGUUCUCCAAAAAGCGAUGGAACCACCACCAGAGAGCCACAUCACGAUGACUCCCAACGCAUUCAUUGUGGAAGACGUAUCUCAUACUAAUAAAGAAGCGGACUCUCAUAAUGAUCCUAUCAUCAUCACAGACUGCACCUUCGAGGCUUGUCAGGAAACUAAAAACUUGAUGAAGAAUGAAAUUGACAACCUUCGCCAAACUUUUUCGGAAGCAAAAUUUAGAAUAGAGGAACUUGAGGAAGAUGCCAAUAUAUUCAGAAGAGAUCUUGAAAAGGCAGAUGAUGACCGAUUGAAACUCGAAGCCGCUUUGAAAGACGCAAACGAUGACAUUGACUCAAAGGCUGCAGAAAUUGUGGCCUCUCUCAACACAGCCAACCGACUGCAGCAUGAAAAGGAUCAAAUGCAACGUGCCAUCUCUUAUAUGGAGGAGAGAAUGCAAGUGUACCGGAAUACCAUCCAGGACCAUCACUUAGUUGUGACAGAUGAGAAAAUGGAAGACUGGAGGAAAACCAUGUCAGAUCCAAGGUACCAGGUUAUGCAUUCUAAAGAGGUUCAAACAACACUUACUUCUCAACAACUUUCCGAACAUGAGUCGGACUUUUUGAGCACUCAACAGACGUUACACGAUCUUCAAAAAGAAUACAGUGCUAAAAACACGACUUUGGUGGACAAAUUCAAAGAAGUCGAAGAGAUUCUUCUGGCAAAAACGGAAUUGGUUGAUGCAUUGACAAAACAACUGGAAGAUAUCAGAAAAGAACAAACAAGAGAACUGUCGUUGAAACAGAACGAGAGGGAUCAAUAUAAAAAAUCUCUCGAGGAAAUGACAUUGAUAGCUGAGAAAGUUCCAAUUUUGGAAGCGGAGAUUCUCCAAUUGUCAAAGGACAAAAACGAGAUAGCAGCCAGAUUAAAACAUGAUCAAGAGUUUUUCGAAGACGAACUUGCUAAACUUCUCAAUGAUUCUAUGAAUAUCAAAAAAGAACGGGACGACUACUUGACAGAACACAUACGAGCGAAUGAAGCAAUGAUUGAAAGGCUGAAACUGGAAAUCAGCAGUCUCAAGAAAGAUUUAGAAGACCAAAAGAUGCAGGCUCAUCUUCAGAAAGCAGAACUUGAGAAGAAGUUGUUGAGUAGUAUAGAUCAUGUUGAGCAACUUCAGAGCAAGACAAAUCACUCGCAGAGAGAUGUUGAAUGUCAAGCAAUCCCACGACAAAUCAAUAAGUAUGUUGGAUGCAAACCAAAUGUGAAAAACAAGGAAACAACAAUAGAAAAAGGUGCAUUGUUUGAUGAGAAUGAGGAACGACUGAGGAUUUGUAAAGCAGAAUUGGAAACAACUCGUCGACAAGUCACAGUUCUACAACAGAAACUCGUGUCUAUUAUUCAACAACAAGGCUCACAAAAGAUCAAGAAACGGAUAGCGGUUGUGGAAGAUUCCAAUAAAAACACUGUUCAUUCUGAUGAUUUGGAUACAAAGUUAAGAGAAGUCGAAUUGAAAAAUACUGAAUUAAUGGAACGAAUAAAUUCAUUAGAAGCCGAACGAUUUGUUGCAAGCUCGAUUGAAAAGAGCAGAAUUCAGAAAUUGGUCAGCGAGUUCGACAAUUUGAAGCAAAAACUGGAUAAUGACAUGAGUAACUACAGUAAGGAAAAGCAGUGGCUGCAAUGGAGGAUUUCUAAUUUGGAGAAGGAUAACUCGGACCUUCAGAAACAGAUUCAACCUAGUUUGGAAAAGUCUCAGGAAGCACUGAACAAAUCAAACUUGAGAAAAACUAUGUCAGAGCCGGACUUCGGUGACGAUAUGAGUACCGAAGGGGAUGGAGGAUCCACUAAUGACAGUGCUGAUUUCAUGGUGGAAAGUGUCACAGCUCCAGUUAUUUCAUUGCGGUCUGAACAACCAUUUUCGCAAUUAGCUGAUGUUCUCAAUUUGGUCAGAUCAGAUCUAGAACAAGUUCUGACUGAAAUCGAGGAACCGGAAGCAGCAAAAACAGAAGAACCACACAUUUCACUUGAAACAUCUACAAGUAUUCUGAACGAUGUGUUAAGCGAAUGGGCGGAAGAUGAAAGAAAAACUCUGGAGAGACAAUUGAAACGAUCUCAAGAAGAACGAACUAUUUUAAAGAAUAAAAAUAACCGAAUGUCGAAAGAUCUUCAAGUAGCGAUGGCAGAACUCAAUGUAUACAGAUCUGAAAAGCCUCACAAGGAAGAUGAGCCAAAGAUACUCGAACGAAGCUCUAGCUUCUCUUCAUUUAACCACAUCAAAACUGAGAACGACACGCAAAAAUGGAAAGAAAAAUCUGGAACGUUAUUCCGAGAGGUGAACAGAAUACGACAAAAUUUGGCAGAAGCUCUCGAACAGAACAAUGAGCUCAGAUAUCAACUAGCUCUGGCAAGAGGAGAAAGAGAACUGUCGAGCUGCAUUGAAAAAGAUGCACAGUAUCCAAUUUCCCCUUCACUCAGUUACCACACCGCACACGACGGUCAACGAAAAGAUGAUAUUGUUAUUCAUGAACCACAAGAACCAUUCCAACUUGGCUCUUCUAAGGCCAGCUUGUCGUGUAGUAUAAUGAUCAGGAGUAAUAGUUUGGAGAGAAAAAGUCAACCGAGAGAACCAAGUCGUCAAAGGAGUCGAAGUGUUAACCGAAGGCCUCCAAUUUCAAAAGAUGAACUCACGAAACGGGAAAAACGAAGGGAAAUGAGACUCCCUAAAGGCGUAUCGCGAUCUUCAUCUGUGACUUCUCUGUAUCUCACAUCAAAGGAACAACAGAAAUUGCCCCUUAUGUCAGCCUCAUGGCAUGAAAAAGCCUUGGAAAACGAUUUGCUUGAUGGAGACACGGAUUACGAUCGAAGAAAUAUCCGGGUGAUAUCCCUUCGAGAGAAAGUUGGAAAGCUGGCAAGAGAGAAUAAAGAUUUGAGUGCAAAACUCACAUAUUUCACAGCUUCACAACCAGAUUCUUCCAAAAUGUUGGAGUUAGAAAAGGAAACGGAGGAGUUGAAGACAACAGCUACUCCAAAUUACGACCGCCAACUGAAACUACUCCAAGAUGAACUGGACAUUCGGCGUCAGGAAAGUGCAAUGUAUGAAAAGAAGAUAACCGAGAUUGAAGACGAAAGAAAGGAAAUGUACUUGGUUAUGUUCAAAAAAGGACAACAAGCGGCAAACAUGGAGUUGAAAGAAGACAAGUUGAUGGAUGCAAUGACAGAAGACAGGGUUACUUUGAAGUUUUUACAUGAUGCGUUCUAUUAUUACUUGUUGAAUCGAGGAGAUUCUCAAGAACAUUUAUCGGUUAUGAUGACAAUUCUCGGUUUUACGUCUGCUCAAAAAUCAGAAAUCGCUAAUCGUAAACGUGGUCGAUCAAACUGA